AUGGAGGAAAUCCAGCGGGAAGACAAUCAAAAUGCUAAGGCUAUCAAACCUUGUGAAUUCUUUGACCUGAUCUGUGGUACUGGGAUGGGGGGCAUCUUAGCUAUAAUGCUUGGACGGCUUCAAAUGAGUGUUGAAGAUUGCAUAUCCCAAUACGACAAUCUCAUCUCCAGUGCUGAGAAACCCGCCUACGGUCGCCAUACAGAUGGGGCAAGAAAUAGUAAAAUUUUGAAGCACUGGCUCCUUAGUGUCAUCAAAUCAUGCCAUGAGGACGAAAACGCUCCCCUUGAAGAUCCACGGGAGGAAAAAUGUAAUACCUUUGUCCUUACAAUGAUUAGACCCUCAUUUCGUCGCCCUCACCGUCUUCGAACUUACACUUCACGCAGCGACAGAGCUACACAAGAUUGUUAUAUCUGGCAGGCUGCUCUAGCAUCAGCCGCUUUGCUGUUGGAGUUCAACGCUGUUGAGCUUGGGCCCCUCAAGCAACCACACGUUGAGGCUGGCCUUGGUUACAACAAUCCUUCACGAGAAGCAAUUGAUGAAGCUAAGCGGAUUUGGUCGCCACCUGUUUAUUCUAUUGUCAACAUUGGGACCGGUUUAGAGCCGGCCGUUGUUGGCAGCGGUAUGACGGGGGUCAAGAACUUGAACUUUCAAGCCCUUUGCCAAUUGGGGUUCAGAAUCGCAAUCAACAGGGAAAGAGUCGCCGAAGAGCUCUCAAGGGAAGCAUUAACCUCGGGAUUCGAAUAUUUCCGUUUGAAUGUUCCAGAGAACUUCGAAAAUAUCGGUACCCUUGACUGGGACCAACAUAUGCAUAUCAGCUCGCUUACUCGGGACCAUCUUGGUCACCCUGAAACGACAACAUACAUAAAUUAUCUCAUUAAAAGGCUGUGUCUCGGCACUCGGGGGAACCAGUUCAAGAAAGGAAUGUCAUCCGAGCAAACAGAAGAAUUUCCCGCCAGCCCUGGGGACUCAGCACAGACACAUUCUCGAGGGGCCACUAGUAACCUCUCCAACGGCCAACUGAUUGAGAAUGAAGUAAUGGACUCCAUAAGUGAACAGUCCUACGCAGCACAUUCGGCUGAUACUUGGCUGGAUAAUCUCCAGAAGAGAGUGCAUCCUUUUGUGAAAACAAAAAGGGACAGGGAGGACGAGAAAGUCAAAAUCGCGGUCCUGGACAGUGGCAUUGACCCAGACCAUCCCGAUCUGGUCAAGCAUCGUGGCAGAAUUGUUGAAUGCCAGGAUUGGACAUCUUCCAAAGUCGGGACUCAAGAUGUGGUCGGACACGGCACACAUACGACAGCUUUGCUGCUAAAGAUCGCACCGGUCUCUACCAUCUAUGUAGCCAAGGUUUUCGAUUCGUCAACUGCGAAUGAGAGCACGAGACAACACGUGGCGGAGGCAAUAUCUCAUGCGGUUCACACAUGGCGUGUGGACAUUAUUACCAUGCCUUUCGGUUUCCGCUAUCGAAGUGAAGCUAUUGCCGAGGCUGUGCAAAUAGCUACAAACAAGAGAGUGCUUCUCUUUGGAGCCGCUUCGAACCUCGGCUCGAUUGAAAAACAACCUGCAUUCCCUGCUCGUUUUAACCAGGUAUUCUGCAUCAACUCAGCAGAUGGUUUGGGAGUCACGUCGCGGUUCACCCCUUCGGCUAGGGUCAGCGAUGACAACUUUACACUCUUGGGAGAAGCGGUUGAGUCGGCAUGGCCAACACAGCUCCGGCAAGGCCAACGUCAGCGAAAGUCGGGGACGUCGAUAGCAACUGCGAUCGCUGCUGGUAUAGCUGCCCUUGUUCUAGAACUGGCGGUCCAGCGGCCGCCGCAGAUCAGUUACUCUAGGGAACUUUGGACGUAUCCCGGCAUGCGAGCCAUCUUUUACUUGAUGUCACAGGACUCGAUUACAGUCAGUUCUGCUGGAUAUUACAACGUCAUGCCAUGGAAUCUGCUCGACAUUCAAAGUGACCGUACAUAUGUUUUGAGCCAUAUCUCACACCGCCUCGAAACCCUCUAA